AUGGUUGAAGGCUCGCCAGCACUCUCCGAGACCUCACAAGGAACGAACACGCCGACGAGCUCGACGUUUCCCGCUUCUCCUACGAUCUAUCAAGGGCUUACAGCAGAAUCGACGGCGGACAGCGACAAGAAGUCGCAGGCAAAGAUUGCUGUGCAUCAUCACCGCACCAAGCUGCAGAGAAACGUGCUCAACGAGGUGGUAACUUCGCUGCAGGGUGCCUACAAGCACUGCCGGCGCCAACGCUCGAACCAGGUCAAUGCGGAAUGUGUCGAACAGUAUUCACUCGUCGUGUCUCAGCUAGGGCAGUUGGACAUGCAGGAACCGCAAGACCCUCUGGCUUUCGAAACGUGGAUGGCUGAGAAUGAUCCUUGCUCGUCUGCCAACAACAGCUCGGUAAUGAUCCCGGGCGAGACCAAGGAGAUGCGCAAGAACCGGCAAAAGGCGGAAUCCAAGAUGAGGAUGCGUCGCAAGGAGGUAGUGCAGUUUGCUGCGCUGACAAUGUAUGCAAAGAUGGCCUACGACCAUGUGGAGGUGGGUGAGGUGGAGGCGUCGGCGGAAGCGUUGGUGAGCAAAUCACUGGCUCAGGUGUUUUUAGAGCACCGCGAAGACUGGGGUACGUUGAUUGCGUUGGAGAAACGACUGUUCCAUACAGUGCGGGUGAAGCUGGGGCUGCAGGAACUGUUUGUUAAGAAGCUGGCCGAGAGGCUGUCCAAGAUGUCGCCUGCUUCAACUGCGUAG